GUCUUUAAUAUCGAACAAUUUUACGGGGGAAUUGCCUCAAUCUCUAGCAAAGUUGACUACAUUGGUAGACUUCCGUAUAAGUGACAACAACUUCAGUGGAAACAUACCCAAUUUUAUCCAGAACUGGACAAAUCUUCGAAGAUUAGAGAUUCAGGGUAGUGGUCUGAGUGGGCCUAUCCCUCGAAAUAUUGCUUCAUCCAUGGCCAAUUUAUCUGACUUGAGAAUCAGUGACUUGAACGGCAAUGAAUCAACUUUUCCACUUCUGAGUUACACUAGCAACUUCAAGUAUAUAAUUCUGAGGAGCUGCAAUAUAAUCGGGCAGUUACCCGAGUAUCUUGGGAAAAUGAGUCAGCUGAAAAUCCUGUUAGUAAAAACUUUCCUUAUCCUCAGACAUUCCCUGGAACAUAGCUAUGGCGUUUUUGUUAGGACAAAUACAAAAAAGAAAUUAAAAAUACUGCUGGAACUAUAUAAAUAAAAUAAUAAAAAGAAAUAUUACGAAAAAACAGAGUAACAAUAAAAAUAGAGGAAAAUGAUUGUUGAUGAUGUAGUAGCAGUAUUGGAAGGAACCAAUACUUGUGUUGCACACAGAUUUCUUAAAAUGGAGUCGUCCUCCACUGUGGUAUAACAGAACUGAUGUGUUUUGUUUCGUAGGAUAUAACUGUUGAAAGUAGUAAACUAACACCUCAUCAUUACUUUAGACAGACUAAGAAUACUCACUAUUCUAUCACCGAGUAAGAACAAACAAAUUAUCUAGAAUUUUCUUAAUUAUUUUUGUAUUUAACACAAAUAAUGUUA